CUUCAUCUUCAUGCCCAUGGCGCCGACAAACAACAUAUUGACGCCCCCUCCCAUCAGUCCCCUAGAAUUACCAGAGCUCAUCGUGCAUAUAGCACGCUACCUCGACAGGAGCGAGCUCACAAAGUGCGUUCGUGUGUGCAGACUCUGGCACCGGUCCCUUUUACUCUUUAUCUGGAGAGAUAUCCGCAUCAUUGCUGACUCCAGCAGCGCACGGUAUCCCUCCCUAGCACUCCUCCUUAAAAAUGCUCCCUUCAUCAAGAGACUAACAAUAUACGGGUUUAUCCUUCGAACCCACACCCAAAUCCACCUUCCAGCCCUCGAAACACUGAGACUCACCCUUCACCAAAAGGCAGGAAGACCAAACAUCCCUGGCGCAGGCGAGAUCAGUCGGGAAACUAUCAUGAUCAGGCACCAUCCUUCCAUAACGAACCUAAUACUGAGUUCCCUAUCUAUCCACGACAACAUGGACUUUUGGAAGGCCGUCAGGGAUUCUCGCAGUCUGGACUCACUUCACUUUUCAUAUGCCAUCGUGGGGCUAGAGCUCGCAGACAUAUUCUGGCAGACAUGCACCCGCCUGGAGUUCUUGUGUAUCGCCUUCGCAGAAGUACCCGACAUCCCAUCAUUCGCAACGCACUCCUUCAGCAGAAUUCAACAUUUAGUGCUAAGCUGGGUUCGUGGUGGGCUGUCUCCGGAAAGGCAGCUGGAGCUGAUGGUGCAAUGUCCGCAACUGCAAAGGUUGACCUGGCGUGGGAUGCAUGACCAGCUGCCCUUGAAUGCCCUAUGUGACAAAGCUGCUCAGGGUGUCUGGCCGAAGCUGGAGGAGCUCAAUCUGGAGGACACGCAAAUCCGAGAUGAAGAUCUAUCUGUGUUGCUGACUUCAAUCAACCGAUUGACAGUAUUACAGGCAAACUCCACCGGGUUUGCUCUUCUGUCGUUCGAGGCGCUCUCGAAACACUUUUCAACGCUUGUAUAUCUGGAUAUCGAGAACUGUCCGAAAGCCAGUAGUCCCAUGGUUCAUGCCAUCAUGGUGUCGUGCCCAAGUUUGAUCAAGAUGAGAGCGCCAAUGAUUUGUGGAACUGAUGUUAUUCAAGGAGACGGCAAGAGCGAGCUCGGUCAGCCCUGGGUAUGCGCGAAACUUAAAGAAUUGAGUUUGUGUCUCGAUUUAGGCGGGCUGGAUUCUCAGAUGGACAUACUUCAGAGAUUAGGAGACCUCAAACAACUGGAAAACCUAAACAUAAGCACGAGGAAACAGCUCUCUGGCGAGUACUCUGGGCGGUCGCUUCAGUUUUCACUUGAAAAGGGCAUAGACUCACUGAGGACCUUGCGACGGCUAUCUGUAUUUGAAUUCGAUGGAGUCGACCAGGACAUGGGCGAGAGUGAAAUUCUAUGGGUGAUGGAGCACUGGAAGAAUCUGCAAAUUAUCCGUGGCCGAUUGAACAGGGAUCUGAUGCGCCACUACGAACUAAUGGCAAUCCUCAAAACCCGCCAAAUCGACCUAGAAGACUGAGCAGGAUGGCGGUUGAAGAUGAUAAUAAAACCACUUCCCAAAGAUGUGCUUAUUCAAGGGCCACCUCCUGCAACUAGUCAUCCCCCAUUUUUUU